GCUUCAAAUUCUUCUCGGUCCAUCAGGGUCAGCAUUAUUCCUGCGUCGACCAAGCAAAGAGAGUCGACGGGAAGGAACAGAUUAGACGAAGCAAGCAUGGCGCUGCGAACGUAUACGCAGCUGCAGCACAGCUCCCCCAAGCUCACGCCGUCGAAAGGCCUCGCUUGGGAGGCGGGCCACCUUUCAACGAUCAAUCACGUGCCAAGUCUCGUCGACAAGUGUGUGCAAGCUUUGGUCGUCGCAGAUGGCUCGCCCAUGCGCAAAGUCGACGCACUAUUCCCGCGUCUUCCGGAAGAACUGGCGCAAUGCUUGCUGGCUGCGUUGGUGGCGCACGGCAAGGUCACGGACGAUCGCCUGUCGGCGUUCCUGUCCAUCUCUCGUCGCGUGAUUCGUCUCGGUGGAUGCGGCGGCAUCCGCAAGUCCGUCCUUCGGCAGAUUCCAUUCCGAUGUCCUCAACUGACGUACUUGGAUCUGUCCAACUGCAUCCAAGUGAGUAACACCGUCGUCCGCGACAUCCUGCAAGGAUGCACCACGCUGCAGCAACUUCGCUUGGACAACUGCCGACACAUCACAGAUGCGGCAUUCCAGCCUGACCAGUCGCUCUUCUACCCCCUUCGCGCGUGUCUGUCCCUCCGCGUGCUGAGCUUGGCCGGCUGCUCGCAGCUCACGCACAGCCUCGUCAUGUACCUACUCAAAGCGUAUCGCUCCCUCGAAGAGCUCAACUUUUCCCGCUGCAAGCGCAUCACGAGCGAGUCUAUGAAGAUGCUGCUCACCUCGUCCAUGCACCUCCGCCUCCGUGUGCUCAAUCUGUCGUUCACGGACAUCUCGGACGACGCGCUGUCAGCCGUGUCGCUGUCCCAUCUUACCGACAUCGACCUCGGCCAAUGCAAAAUCACCGACGCCGCGCUCAUUUCGCUCGUGCGGCGUUGCCCCAGGUAUAUAUAUAUUGUGAAUUUGCUAUACACUUUCAAAAUUCGCGUGGUUUGUCCUAUCCAUAUUGAAGCACGCUGGAGUUGUGAUUGGUUGAAUAUACUGCAACAGCCAAUCAAAUAAUCCCCUCAAAAAUGGAUUAGCCAAUAGCGUCUCAAUUCGUGAUAUUCGAUUCGACAGGGUCUGGAAUUCGUGUCGAAUCCACACUAUACUUCGUGUUUAUUAUUGAUUUGGUACGAAUCGUUCAGAUCACGAAUCGCUCCGAUUGGUCACUCUCAAAAUACUCUUCGCUGAUUGGCUACAUAUUUUUGUCUUCGUUUUACUUGGUGCAAUUCUAUGGAAUCCAGAAAGCCAAUGAAAAGUCCCGAUGAGAAUGGUGGAUCGGUUUUUUCGAAUAUAUUCCGCCGAAUUGGGAAAUGUUCACCAUAUAUUGUUUUGUCGUUUGUAUAUAUUAUGUGUGUUGGGAUAGUAUAAUUUGUGAUGUGGAAACUAUUGUUUGAAACGUAAUAUGUAUAUAUAUAUAUAUUGUGAUUGUUUUGAUGAAACUGUAUUAGCUUGGAAGUGGUGCGGGUACGGUGGUGCAGUCAAGUGACCGACGCGGGGGUCACGCGACUCGUGGCCGGUUGCCCGAACCUUCGCCUCUUGGAUCUAAACAACUGCGGACUUAUCACGGACUUAUCACUGUCGGCGUUGAAAGCAUGUCCCCAACUGGAAUCGUUGAAUGUGGCGUGGUGUGUCAACCUUACCGACGCGGGCGUAGCUGACUUGGCCAACUCGUGCGCCUCUCUUGAGCACGUGACCUUGACCUACUGCACCCAACUUACAGACGUGUCCCUCGGCUGUCUCGUGCAGAAAUGUCCGCGCCUUCAAAGCGUCCAUGUGAACGGGUGCACGGGCUUCACGCCAUCCGCCGUGGCCGCGCUGCCAGUGCCAGUUGUGUUGCCGCGCCCGACAGAAUGAAUAGCACUUGAAUACUACUCAAAACUCAUAUUUACACCAGUGCCAGUCGUGUUGCCGUACCCGACAGAAUGAAUAGCACUUG